AUGGGGAUUAAAUCGAACAAUAUAGAAGCCUUCGUCACUUCCAUUUUAAUGAACGCAGCAACAGAGGAUAAUGACGCCGAUAACUCGGCAACUGACAGGGAUGAACCCAUCAGGAGGCCGCGGCGACCACUGUAUACACCUCGGUCGUCGCAGAGCUCCAACAAUGCGACAGACGGGGCUGACGCGGCGGAAAACGAGACGGAAUUAACCAACCAACUGCAUCUAUUAGCUCUAGAUCGACCGCUGAUUGCGGUUCCUUAUGAGGUCGGAUUGUCGCAUAUGCGUGAGCUGGAGCACCUCAUGGAAAAGGAGCUGCUGCUUAUAACGGGCUACCUGUCGAAGAGAAUCGUGCUUUUGGAAUCGCGGGAACUGGCACUUGAGAAGCUACAAAGGGCAAUCGAAAGACUCCAACAUUUGGACUCAUCUCUGCGAAGAAUUGACUCAGCACUUGAGGCAGUGGUCUCCCAGUUGUCCGCACGCGUCGAUAUAUUCCAUGACGAACCUUCGUUGCGAAUUGGGAAAGUAGACAGUCAAUUCUGCUUCGACGAUUAUCGCAAACGUGUUGCAUGGGUGGUGUCGGAAUACCUCCUACGCAGGGGCUAUCUCCGUGCCGCAGUGCCAUAUGUGGCGCAGGAGCAGCUAAACAAGUUGGUUGACACGGAACUGUACGCCACAGCAGAUCGUAUAUAUUGCGAGCUUCUGAACCACCAGCUUUCAGGGGCACUGGAAUGGGCCGAAUCGAAUCGUGAGGCCCUUGUGAAAUUAAACUCCACAUUUCUGGAUGACGUUAAAGUGCAACAGGUGGUUGUGCGCCUACAGGACGGAGAUAUCACUGGUGCCUUGUCGCUUCUCAAGUCUUUUGGGAACGCGAUGCUUGAAAGAUGCCAGGACUCCAGAAAGCUGUUUUCUGCCAUAGUGCUGCUGAAGGUUAAGCACAAGCGAAGACAGGGCAAGAGUGAGACAGUGGAAUCACAGCCUGGUGCUGAGUUAGCAGGGGGUACAGAACCAGCGGGUACCACCGACGAGAACACUUCGCAGGACAUGCAUGGACAAAAUGUCUCGGCGACCCCUACGCAGUCGAAAGAGGACCCAGAGACGGAGCCAGACGACACAAUGCCUCAGUUGACCUGUAUAUAUUGUGACGGCUCGGUCAAUAGCGCAUGUGCAAUCUGCAACCGCUACAAGAAUUUUACGAGUCCCAGCCGUUGGGACACCCUAGCAGCCGAGUUCUACCGCUGUAUAGUGGCAAUGUACAGUCUUGGGCGGCAGACACUGCUCGAGAACCUGAUGCACACAGGUUUUUGCGCCAUAAAGUCCACCAGCUGCGGAGACCACAGGAAUGCUACGUGUCCCGCAUGCCUUCCGGAGUGGCGGCAAUACGUCGACAAAGUGCCGACGACAAUCAAGCUGGACUCGGUAUUGGUGUGUCCUGUAACAGGGGAUCUGAUGGGCUACGACAACCCGCCGUUCACCAGCCCUGGCGGCUGCGUGAUAUCGGAGCACGGGCUCAACACGCUAAGCCGCAGCGGCGACGGCCACCUGGUUGAGUGCCCGCAGACCCGGCUCAUGGUACCUCAAGAAGACUUCACGAGGCUUUUUAUCACGUAG